UGACUUGAGGUUCGUCCACACAUUAAAAUCACCCAUCACCAAUGACACGUUUCAUCAAACUAAUAAUAAUGCUAGUGAAUGCAAGUGAAAGCCGGAUCUUGUGACCAGAUGCGCCUCAGUCAGGGCACGCGCACGACUCUCCUCCUCCAGCGCUGCUGCUGUCAGUCUGAAUCACGUCCACACGCGCACAUCGGCUUCUCUGUGCUCCACCGUCUGCUCUCAUCUCCAUGGCCACAUCAGAUGGAUCCGAAGAUUGCGUUGUGCGGAGAGGAAGAUCUCAAAGUGACCCGAGCAUCCUCAGCGACACUCGUGUGGUUUAUACGAACAGCUCAGAUGUGAUGGAUCAGCACAGAGCGCUUCACUCCGGUUGUCUGGUGUCGGGGGUCCGAACUCCCCCCAUCCGCCGCAACAGCAAACUGGCCAGCCUGGGACGCAUCUUCAAGCCCUGGAAGUGGAGGAAAAAGAAAAAUGAAAAACUGAGACAGGGCUCUACAGGGCCGGAGAGGAAAGGGCCCAGCAGGCCGAAUCGUGACGAUCUCGUCAGGAAGGGUCUGACAGAGGCUGGCAUGGAGUCGGGUCAGGCGUGUGGCGUGAGUCCAGACGAGGCAGGAUCCCCGGCGCGGGACGGGUCUGACGGAGAGGAGCACGAGGACGAGCCCAUGGCUCCGCUGGCCAGCAACACUGAGGAUCUGGGGUCUGAUGAGGACAAUCUGUCCGCAGCACGAGACGCCACAGAGAUGAUAGACACAGAAGGGGAACUUGAACAAAGUGAGGAUGAGGAGAAGUCCUGUGUUGAAGCCUCGAGCCGAGGGGCCAGUGUGGGGCCCCCUGAGGCCCCUGAGCACCAUGAGCCGAAAAAAGAGGAGGCGCCGCCGCUCAGAGAAGUCCACACUCCUCCAGCCAGACUUCCUGUGAAGCUGCUGACUCGAAUGGGUAGCCUUGACAGUACCCACUCUAAUCAGAGCCGGCCCGCUCCUGCCACGCUGCCCAGGAACUUCACCCUGCCCAAAGACGCCCUGCGGGGCAGGAUCUGCACCCCCACCGGCUCCCCUCACUUAGGUCUGAUGCCCCCUAGCUGCAUCAUCGAGGAACUGCACCGUGCGCUGGCCACCAAACACCGGCAGGACAGUUUCCAUGGAAAGGAGAUGCGUAGCUCACCCAGACGGCGCUCAGAUGGACGGCUGUCCCGCACCUCCAGCACUGAGAAUGAGCCGAGCGCAGAGGUGCAGAACCAAAAAGAGGCUGAAGAGAACAAGGAGAACAUGCGUCUGGACGAAUACUACAGUGACCCGGACAGCUGGAACGAGUCCGUCAUCUCUGGUACACUUCCACGACGAAUCAGAAAAGAGCUUCUGGCAGUAAAGCUGCAUAACAGACCCAGCAAACAGGAGCUGGAGGACAGGAACAUCUUCCCCGUGCGCAGUGAUCAGGAACGCCAGGAGAUCCGCCAGCAGAUCGAAAUGAAGCUUGCCAAGAGACUGAGCCAGAGGCCAGCGGUGGAGGAGCUGGAGAGCCGGAACAUCCUCAAACAGAGGAAUGACCAGACAGAGCAAGAGGAGAGAAGGGAAAUCAAGCAAAGGCUAAACAGAAAGCUGAAUCAGCGGCCCACGGUUGACGAGCUGCGGGACAGAAAGAUUCUGAUCCGUUUCAGUGACUAUGUGGAAGUGGCCAAAGCUCAGGAUUACGACAGAAGAGCAGACAAGCCCUGGACCAGACUAUCUGCUUCAGAUAAGGCGGCGAUUCGCAAAGAGCUGAAUGAGUUCAAGAGCAGCGAAAUGGAGGUUCAUGCGUCAAGCAAACACCUGACAAGGUUCCAUCGACCAUAGCAAGGUUUCUUCCGUGAAGAAUAUGCUAACGGUGUCUCUGUGAAGUCCCGGACCUCAGGGGGCUGUCCAUGGCUGCUCCGUGGAGGGCCUGAUAUUUGGGCGCUAGUGAACCUUGGAGGCUAUGUCUCUGGAGCUUCAUCCUGAAGAAGCCAAAACCCUCCAAACUCCUCUCAGUCCAGCUGCAAGUCUGUAGAUUACUGAACCUCUGCUGUUUUUCAGAGGACUCUCGGUGGAAGACUGUUUAAAAAAAAAAAAAAAGACAUUUGACUUUUUCGGGGUUUUUUGUUUUUUGUAAUGCACUGUUUUAAAUGAUCACCUUUUGAUGCCAGUGGGGGGCGGGUGGGGGUUUAUGGGGGUCAAGCAUGUGAAUUUUUCUAACCUUUUUCCCGCACCAGUGUUGCGUUUCUGGGCUCCUACUAAAACUUGAGUUUCAUAUCAGCUGUACAGAUGUUAGUAUGAGGAACGGGAAUCAUGUCUUACCUUUGCAAGACUAUUUAUUGUCUGUACAGUACAAGCUUUGGAUUUUUAACAAACGACAGUGUCUCUCUUCUUUUCUGAAUGAAUGGAUGGAUGAGGAACUGAUUUAGCUGAAACGUGCUCAUAUUUGGGCUUAAGUACUACAUAUAUCCUUCAACUCUCAUGGAGCAACUUUACUGAAAAUCCUCAUCUCUUGUUUAGUGUUGGCCAGAUUCAGUUUCUGUCACGUCUUUCAGAUAUAGUCGUCUUACAGAAGCACUCAGGAGGUCUCACCGUCAUUGAAGAAAACAUGAGAAGGCAUUAUUUCCACUGACACACGCACACGGGGAUGAGUAAAAUGCAGCCUAAUUUUAAUUGUUUGGUGAACUAAACCUUUUAAAGUCUAUAUAAACCAAUAAAAAAGUGUUUGUAGCUCAAAAA